AUGAGAGUCAAUAUUUUAAAAUAUGUUUUUUUUUCAAUUAUUAUUUGUUUUUUUGAAUAUGGCAAAAAUGAAUUAUACCUUGUAAAUGAAAGAACCAUCUGUUUUGAAAGGAAUAUAACAAAUUUUAGGAAUAAUAGGAUAUUAGCAGAUGCAGACAAUCAAUUCAAUUUAAAUGAUUUUUAUCAAUCAAGUUUGAGUCUUGCAAAUCAAUUUAAUGAGUGUAAUGACUAUGACGAUGACGAAAAAAUGAUAUUUCUUCGAAAUACUAUAGAUUCACAUAUAAAGGAGCAUAAAGAAAAUAAUACAUUACCCGAUUUAAAUAAUGUAGAUAAGAAAACUAAAAAAAUAAUUCGUAAACUUCAAAAAGAAUUAGAAGAGGUAAAAAAAGAGCUUGAUAAUAAAAGGAAUAAUGAAAUAGAAAUACAACCGAUACAAGAUAAAACAAUAACAAAAAAAGAUGAAAAUAAUUCUGUAUCAAAGGAUGAAAACUCUACCGAAUUGGAGAAUGAAGGAAAUUCACUGAAUCCAAAAGAUGAUGAUUGGAUAAAAAACUAA